ACGAGAAGAACAGCGUGUGUCAUCUUCAUGGGACGAACUCUUGAUUUUAGCGGCAGCGGCUAGCUCCUUAAAAACAUUCAAAUCAUGGCAACGUCAAAGAAAGGGAAGAAAGUAGUAAAUCAAGAGGAACUUCGGCGCUUGAUGAGAGAAAAGCAACGACAAGCGUCCGAAAAGAAGCGCGUAGACUCUCCUUUUGCCAAAUACAACAGUCUCGGCCAUCUCAGUUGUAUUCUGUGCAACAUGCAGGUGAAGUCCGAGCUACUUUGGACAACUCACGUCCUUGGUAAACAGCAUAAAGAGAAGGUUUCUGAGCUCAAAGGGGCAAAACAAGGACCCCAAAGUCAAGCUGUGAAGAGGAAAACUACGGAAACGGACGAAGUUAGUUUUAAAAAGCCUAAACCCGUACAAAGUGCCACCCAAUCUACUUCUGGGCUGCCUGCAGACUUCUUUGAGAAACCCAGAGGCAGUGCUCCUUCAAAACCAGCUGGUGCAAGUCUGUUAGGUGGAGCAUAUGAUGAUGAUGAUGAUGAUGAUGAGGACGACGACGACGAUGAGGAGGAGGAUGAAGAUAAAAAAUCCGUAUCUACAAAUCCUAGUCAGAAAGCGGAGGUUUCUGGACUUCCCGCUGAUUUCUUUGACAGCGCAAUCCCGUCCGUGCCAACAAUCUCCCACUCAGGAUCCAUCCAAAAAGCAGAAACUCCGGAGAAAGAAAAGCCAGAAAAGAAAGAUAAAACUGCAGAAUCGUUACCAGAGGGCUUCUUUGACGAUCCGGUGACAGAUGCCAAGGUGCGCAAUGUGGAAGCGCCCAAGGAUCAGAUGGACAAGGAAUGGGAAGAGUUCCAGAAGGAGAUGCGACAGGUGAAUACAAAAUCUGAAGCUAUAGUGGCUGAAGAGGACGAGGAGGGACGUCUAGAGCGCCAAAUAGAUGAAAUAGAUGAACAAAUUGAGUGUUACAGAAGAGUGGAAAUACUAAGGGACAAGCGUGAUUUGGUUAAAGGCAAAACGCAGACGCAAAAAGCGGUGAAGAUGGAAGUCGAUGUCAGUAUGGAGGAAGAGGAGGAGGAUGAAGAGGAACUGCUGGGACUUCUAUCGCAGGACUGGAGGGCUAAAGGGGCAUUGUCAUAAGUACAUGUGCUUUGUACAAUAUUUUGGACUGAUUCAUCAACACUUGUGUGCUGUAAAUAUAUUUGAUACUAAAGAAAAA